CAUGAUAAGAAUAUGAAAGCGUGCGAUUUCAUUUUUCUUUUUUCUACCUAAUGACUGGCCAUUUACAGAGGUCAUUCUUUGCAUGCCCACCUGUCAGCAGCAUCUGCUGAGGAGAAUUUAAAUGUUUGGUGACGUCAAGAGACUGCUGGAAAUUUGGCAAUCAUCAAGGCCCACUAUAGGUCAUAUAAAAGGCCUGUGCCAGAGUACGUAGGAAAGAGAGCGAAAGAGAGAGAGAGAGAAGGGGGAGGCUAAAUAGAAGUGGAGAGAUAAGAUACCCAAUGGAGGUGUUUAUUUAAGUGGUGUCAUGUCUCUGGCACGUACCAACAACAGGGUUGUCUGAGCUGUCUGUUUUGUGAGAGGCACACAAUACCUCAGACAAGUGUAGAGACCAACGGGGGAACUGAUCAGUGGGCCUUCCUCUAUUUCUACAUUUUCUCAUUGCACUGAAUGUGCCCGGGGCAGCCAUGAGUAAACAGGUGACUCUGGCCACUUGUAUUGCCAAGAUGUAUGAAGGCAGCAGGCUGGAGAACUCUGGAAUUCCAUCGGGGACAGUCAAGAAGUCGAGUCCAACUCUGAUAGGUAGUCUAAACAAUGUGGAGGUCAAGUUGAACAACCUGGAGGGAAAGGUGGAACAGAUUGAAAGUACCCAGACAGAGGUGCUUCACAAGCUGAGCUUAUUGUGUCAAGGGAUGGAAGCACUAGAAAGAAGCCUUACGCAGCACAAGCAGGGUGCUCAAGAAUCAAACGUGAUCAAAAAUGGCCAGCGAGAGAGCAACAAACUCCCUCUGCUGACAGAGGUCAGAUCGCUUUGCGGGGAAACUGUGGAUCUGCUUCAUAAUCUCAAGCAUGAGAGUCAGCAGCAGAGAAAGAAGAUUGAAUGUAUGGAAAGUUCUUUGUCCACUCUGGAGAAAGUAAUAGGGUAUGUGGGAGAUGCUUUCCGUAACUCAAAAAUAGUGGAGUUCAUCCUCAAUGGAGUGGUGCCAUGGAGAAGACAAGGUCUUCUGGACACUACAGAGGAAGAGAAAAACAAACCAGAUGAUAACGGCAUUAAACCAAAUGGCAGUUUCUGCCACCAGAGCACACAGACUUCAGAGGAGGUUAAACAAGUGAUUUCAGCUGAGAAUGAGCUCCAGCAGCCAGAGGUCACUGUUCCCAGUGAUCCCAGCAGCCUACCUUCUCCUGAAGCCCUUAGAGGAGCAAGUGAACCUCUGAUACCUCUUAGUACAGGAGAAAGCUCCAAAGCCUUACGAAGGGCCAAGGAGGUCACUGUGAAGAGCAGAGCGCCUGAGCAGGUCCAGACAUUUGCUCCUGAGGUCCAGCUGGAGGAUGAGGAUAUUGGCGUAUGUUAUGUACCCAAGCAAGAGACAGAUAGCUCAACUGCCGCACCAGCUGAUGCUGAAUGUGCCACUGUGACAACUAAAGUGGAAAAAGAUUUGUCUCUUCAGCAAGAGAGGGCUCUUGAACAGGCAGAUGCUUCACAGAUUGGUGACGAGGCUUCACUCAAGACAAUAGUUCCUGAACAAGUGGAGCCGAACGUUGAAGUUACUCAAACACAGACAGAGGCUACACAGUUUGUUGACAAGGCCCUUUUGAAACCAUCAGUUCUUGGACAACAGCAACAGCAACUGGAGAAGAAGGUUGAUGUUCCUCACAAACCUCAACUCAAAGAGCCUGUUAACAAGGAUGCAGAGGUUAAGUCGCAACAUAAAGAGACAGUGGAGGUGGUAACACCUGUGCCAAAACAUGAUGAGAUAAAGACAGGAUCUGAACCGGCUAUCAAGAAAAAUGAAAAUAAAACUGCUGAGAGGAUUUUGGAGUCUGACCCAAUAAAGAACUGUGCAGCUCCUAGUCCACAAAACACAACCCUUUUUGGGGGAGAAGAAUCGAAAUUAGCACCUCUGAGAAAAGCAGAGUCACAGCUACUGAUCAUCGAUGACUGUCCACCUCUUCCAGCCCCGUUCGAGCAUCGUAUCGUCAGUGCCAAGCAGGUUCCCAUGAACUCAUAUUAUGCAGUCAACCCCAGUGAGGUGCUGGGCGGAGGCCGUUUUGGACAGGUACACAAGUGUGCCGAGUUGUCCUCUGGUCUUAUGCUUGCUGCUAAGAUCAUAAAGGUCCGGGGAAUGAAAGAGAGGGAUGAAGUGAAGAAUGAGAUUGGAGUUAUGAACCAGUUAAACCAUGUGAAUCUGAUUCAGCUGUAUGAUGCUUUCGAGUCUCGAACUAACCUCACACUCAUUAUGGAAUAUGUGGAGGGUGGUGAAUUGUUUGACCGAAUCAUUGAUGAGAAUUACCAGCUGACGGAGCUGGAUGCCAUCGUGUUUACCAGGCAGAUUUGUGAGGGGGUUCAGUACCUUCACCAGCAGUACAUUCUUCAUUUAGAUCUUAAGCCAGAAAAUAUCUUAUGUGUGAACAGCACUGGGAAUCAGAUCAAGAUCAUUGACUUUGGACUCGCCAGAAAGUACAGACCCAGAGAAAAGCUGAAGGUCAACUUUGGAACCCCAGAGUUCCUGGCACCAGAAGUUGUCAACUAUGACUUUGUGUCAUUUCCUACAGACAUGUGGAGUGUUGGUGUCAUCACAUACAUGCUUUUGAGUGGCCUUUCUCCAUUCAUGGGUGACAAUGAUGCAGAAACAAUGAACAACAUUCUGCACGCAAAAUGGGACUUUGAUGCAGAAGCAUUUGAGAAUGUGUCAGAAGAAGCCAAAGACUUCAUUUCCAGCCUCCUUGUGCCUGCAAAAUGCAGCCGUCUGAGUGCAUCAGGGUGCAUGAAGCAUAGUUGGCUAAACAACCUGGAGGACAAGGCCAAGAUGUACAAAGUUCGGCUCAAGUCUCAAAUGAGGCUUCAGCGAUACCUUACUGCUCACCGUCAGUGGAAGAAACAUUUCUAUGCAGUCGCUGCAGCAAACAGGUUGAAGAGGUUUCAGCAGAGCAGAUCAGUUAGUAUGCCAAAUUAGCUAUUAACCUGGAGGACAGUGUCAGUAGCUUGAGAGGACAUCACAGCGUCACACACUGGAAAAUGAACAUCAUAUCUGAAUUUGUUAAAUGAUUUGAAAUGGCUUUGUAGAAAGUGUUUAAAACGCCUUGUUUAUAGCCUGUAAUAGUAUCUUUUUAAAAAGUGUCACAUUUUCUUAAUGUACUUUGUUUGCAACACCAUUGCAUUUAAUUUACACUUCAUCAUGCUAAUUUACACUUCAUCAUGCUUUCACACCAGGAGUGUACGGCAUGGAUUGCAGGGUGUGCUUUUGAACCACAUGAAAAAGCUGUUGUCCCUUCUGUGAAGGCAUUUUUCUUGGGCACUACUGCCUUAUCCUAGUAUUUGAAAGUAAGUGUUUUUUGUUCUCAUGGUUCAGUAUUUUAUAAUAGUAAAAAACAUAGCAUGAAGAUUUGAUGUAGAAACACUGUGGUCAUCCUAUAUUUUUUGUUUAGCACAUUGAUCAGAACUGGAAAAAAAAAUCUGAAUAAGACACUCAACUGGCAUGGUCUUUUUAUUUUUCAAAAUUCUCAUUUAAAACAUUUUCACUGAUUGUUCAAGAACAUUUGAAUGUUAAUAUUAUGACUUAAAAACUAUGAAUUUAUUGCAUUUGUGGUUGUACACAUUCAUAUGGUCAGUGUUGGGGAAUGUUACUUUUAAAAGUAAUGCCUUACAAUAUUGAGUUACUCCCUAAAAAAGUAACUAAUUGUGUUAACUAGUUACUUUUUAUGGAAAGUAACGGUUUACAUUACUUUUGCGUUACUUUUUCUCACCUGGGCUGUGUGAGCUUGUUUGUUUUUGAAUAACAACAAAAAAGUUCUAUUUUUGGCAAAUGUGAAGGCCCUUUCGCACCAAAAGUGAAAAGAAUAAGCUUCAGGCUGAUCACAAAUGUGAUGUUUAUCUAAACAUUUUUGUUUAGUAUGGUUUAAUUGGAUCAUGGAAGGUCAGCAGCAAAGACAUUGGUUAAUAAAGUGAGAUUAAAUACA